UGACGAGAUCUCCAAAGGCCAUCAAGCUAUCAGUUCGCCUCGAAACCCAGCAUCGAGAGAUCGAGAGAGAGAGAGGAAGCUGCAGCGAUGGGGGGCGGAAUGGAGGUGAAUAAGAACAAGUUCAUCGAGGAAUGGAACGCCGGCCGGGAGAACCUCGAGUUUAACUUCCGCUGGACACGCCGGAACCUCGCUAUCGUCGGCUUGUUCGGCAUCGCCGUUCCCAUCCUCAUCUACAAGGGCAUCGUCCGUGAAUUCCAUAUGCAAGACGAGGAUGCCGGAAGGCCCUACAGGAAAUUCCUGUGAAAAUUCCAGUUAAGGAUCUCGAUAAUUAAUAAUGGCGAGGAUUGGCUUGCGAUGGUUUGCGGAAUCUCUGGAUGGUAAGCGGAUCACUGGUUUCGAGGAGUUGAACCUUGUUUGAUUUCAUGCUGUGAAUCGUAUGGUUGACUUUAUUGAGAUGUUGGCUCUGUUAAAUGCUUGGCUUGUUGCUUUAUAUAUAUAUUUCAGACGAAAUAGAUUUAUGUUUUUGUUUCUGGUUCCUAAUUUUGUGUGCUGUUUGUCUGUCAAGUGCUUACAAUUGCUUUUGGUGACUUUGGUGAAUGCAA